UUUGGGGUAUAAAGGGAUCUACCUGUACUGAAGAAGUCCCAUUUGGAGCACACCAUGGGUCGCUGGGAAGUAAUAUGCCUUGCCCUCUGCCUGGGCUCAGUGGGGGCAGCAAAGCUGGGCAUUGUGAACACGGAAGGAGGUUUUGUGGAAGGCGUCAAUAAAAAGUUGAGCCUUUUCGGGGAUUAUGUGGACAUCUUCAAAGGAAUCCCUUUUGCUGCGCCUACCAAGACUCUUGAAGACCCUCAGCCUCACCCGGGCUGGCCAGGCACCCUGCAGGCCAAGGAGUAUAAGAAUCGUUGCAUGCAGUCCACACUCACCCAGACAGAUGUGCGUGGCACCGAAGAUUGUCUUUAUCUCAACAUCUGGGUCCCCCAAGGGAAAAAAGAAGUCUCUACCAACUUGCCGGUGAUGGUCUGGAUUUAUGGGGGAGCCUUUCUUUGGGGUGGCGGCCAGGGACCCAACUUCCUGAGCAACUACCUCUACGACGGGGAGGAGAUUGCUACCCGCGGAAAGGUCAUUGUGGUGACACUCAACUACCGUCUUGGACCCCUGGGUUUCCUCAGCACAGGAGAUGCUAGUCUUCCAGGUAACUAUGGCCUCAAAGACCAGCACAUGGCCAUUGCCUGGGUCAAGAGAAACAUAAAGAACUUUGGAGGGGACCCUGACAACAUCACAAUCUUUGGAGAGUCUGCUGGGGCCGUCAGUGUCUCCUUACAGAUGCUGUCGCCCUACAACAAAGGAUUGAUCAAGCGGGCUAUCAGCCAGAGUGGAGUCGGCCUCUGCUCUUGGGCCAUUCAGAGGAACCCCCUCUACUGGGCUACAAAGGUAGCUCAGAAAGUCGGCUGCCCAACAGACAACACCACAACCCUAGCGAACUGCCUCCGGGUCACCGACCCCAAAGCCCUGACACUUGCUUACCACCUAGAGGUGCUUAACCUGCGCUAUCCUCUUGUCCAUUACCUUGCCUUCUCCCCAGUGGUUGAUGGAGAUUUCCUCCCAGAUAACCCAGAAAAUCUCUUUGCCAAUGCCGCUGACAUUGACUACAUCGCAGGGGUGAACAACAUGGAUGGGCACUUCUUUGCUUCCAUUGACAUGCCUGCUCUCAACCGCCCGCUAGUGAAGAUCACAGCGGAUGACAUGUACCGUGUGGCCCAGGGCCUGACUGUGGAGAAGGGGGUGGAAGGAGCCAAUGAAACCUUCUCCCUCUACACCCAGGUGUGGACUGACCACACAAACCAGGAAGUCAUGAAAAAAUCUGUAAUAGACCUGGAGACAGACUACAUAUUUCUGGUGCCUACCCAGCAGACACUUAGUCUCCAUUAUCAAAAUGCCAAGAGUGCCAAGACUUACAGCUACCUGUUCUCCCAGGAUUCGCGAAUGCCUGUCUACCCCAGCUGGGUUGGUGCAGACCAUGCUGAUGACCUUCAGUAUGUCUUUGGGAAACCUUUUGCCACUCCUUUGGGCUACAAAGCUCAGCACAGAAAAGUUUCUAAGGCUAUGAUAGCUUACUGGACAAACUUUGCCAGAACAGGUGACCCCAACAAAGGGGAAUUGGAUGUCCCCAUUGGGUGGGUGCCUUAUGAUAUUCAGCACGGCUACUACCUGGAGAUCAACAAGGACAUCAACUACGAGUCAGCGAAGCAAGGCCUGAGAGCUCCUUUUGUGAAUUUCUGGAGUGUCGCCUACAGGAGCCUGCCAGACGCAGUCAUCACCUUGGACGAGAAGUAGAAACUACUUGGGAACUAGACACAUCCACUUGUCCAAGAACCCAAAACCAACCAACCCAGAUUCUGAAAUAAAUCUUAACUCUUUGCAGAGA